UGAUUCUCUUUGCAGUUGUACUUCUUUCGGUUUUUCAAAUAGUGGAAUUGUUAGUACUUGGUAAUAAGACGGUGGUAUGCUAUGGUGGACCUGGUACAUAUACGGGUGUUGACAGAUACAAUCAAAUUGGCUCCUGGAACCAAACAUAUCAUCCUGCAGACCCACAACAAAUUCAUGUGUCAUGGAUAUCAGACGGAAAAGCAUUUACUGUCCAAUUUUCAACAAUGGAACCCAUAAAAAGAUCGACUUUGGUUUAUUGGUCUGACGACGAAGACGAAAACGAAACAAUAGAAGGAGGCCAGAAUUGGGAAUUUAUAGAUGGCGGCAUUGCAAAGCAUAACCAAUUUAUGCACACUUUAGCAUCCAACAGGUUGUACCCAUCUACCUUGUACGAGUACAAAGUAAUCACUAUAGACAAUAAGGACAAGUCGCACGUUUCAAAUUCUUUUGAACUACAUACACCUGAUCUUGAUCAAUCUACAUCCUUCAAAUUCAUCGCGACCGGUGAUGUGGGAGUUGUAAAUGCUGUGUCUAUGCCAGUGUUUAAACAGUUGGCAAAAUCGCAUGAUUAUGAUUUUGUCGCCAUCAUGGGUGAUCAAGGGUAUGAUUUAGCUGAUUUUAACGGAACAAAGGGUGAUGAGUAUAUGAACUUUGCACAGGAGUUUUAUGCCAAUGUACCCAUUUUAACUACAGCGGGUAACCAUGAGAGUGCUUAUAAUUUUUCCCAUUACAAGAAUAGAUUUGAUCUAUUGCCAUACAAACAAUCUGAUUUUUCGGAUGCUAUGCAGUAUUCCAUCAAUUACAAAUCAUUGCAUUUAAUCUCGUUUGCUACGGAAGUCUUCUUUUACGGCUCACCUGAACAAAUUCAAACAUCGCUUAAUUGGUUAGAACAAGACUUGAUCAAAGCAACGCGCCAAAGAUCCUCCGUACCAUGGAUUGCUGUUAUUGGACAUCGACCUUUGUAUUGCUCUAUAUUAUCUAACCCAGAUUGUGCAGAGAAUGCAGAAAGAAUCAGAUUUGGAUUUGAUCAGCAAUUAGGACUAGAGACUCUUUUGACAAAAUACAAUGUUGAUGCAUAUAUUUGCGGUCAUAAACAUAAUUACGAAAGAACAUUUCCUGUACGAAACAAUACAUUGUUAACAACAUCAUACCACAAUCCACCUUCUUUUUUCCAAGUCAUCACAGGUAAUGCUGGUAACUAUGAAGGUCCUGAUCAGUUCGAUAAUACAAGCGUGUUACCUAACUGGUUAGGACACCGAUUCCAAGGCUAUGGAUUUUCUACAGUUCAGGUAUCACAUCAUCAUUUUGAUUUACAUCAUUAUGAGACAAACAUCGAUGGCACUUUGGGAAAGCUACAGGAUCAUGUUCGUGUAUCCAAAACACCAAGCCAUGUAAACAAGCAAAAAAUUGUGUGAGUCGAGCUCAUAAAAAAUACACUG